CAUAUUAGUAUUGCUCUUUGCAUAGUAUAAUGAGAUAAACUCUGAAUCAGUGAAGUGUUGGUCAGAAUAUAAAUCCAAGAUGCUGCAAAUAAACAAUAUGGACGAGUUUCUCAAUUCCGGGAAAUAUUAAAUAGUAGCUGAUUGUAGAUAUAGGUGGGAGUGACUCUUGUACUUUUCCGGAACUGGUUUCUGAAAGCAGGCAAGAUGAGAGUCGUUGAAGCAUUACUGAUUUUUCUACUGGGAAAUGAAUUUGUAUCGACGUCACCUAAUAAAUGCAGAAAAAGUGAACACUGCCGAUGUAUCAACACAUCUGAAGAAUAUGAAUACCAAUGUGGUUUAUCAAACAAAGACAACGUGGUUAUACAUGCAGUACUUGAUAAGUACAUAAAAAUAGACUGUUAUUCAACGGAAUUUAAUGUCAAUAUUUUACCUAACUAUACAGCCGGAAAUAUUGAAUUUUUCGAAUUACGAUUCUGUCCGUUGACCCAAAAAGACUUCUCUUCUGUUCUCGAAAAGUUUAGAAUUGACAAUUUAGAAAAUCUUCAUUUGGAAGAGAUAACUUUAUGGAGAAACUCAUCUGAGGAAACUAAUCCUAUUACUAAAGAUUUCUUUCAAGGCCUUUCCUCUUUGCGAAUUCUUGAUAUUUCCAUGUUAGACAGUACCAUUGACGUCGAAGCAUUCCAAAACCUCUCCAACUUAACGAAUCUCUACUUGGAAAAUAAUUAUAUUCAAGAAAUAGGUGGAAUGUUUGAAAGCUCAAAAUAUCUCAAAGUUUUACACUUGUCACGCAAUGCUAUUUCACACAUUCCUAAUGGUACAUUCCAGAAUCUUGUAGAGUUGCAGCAACUACAUUUAUGGAAAAAUAAUCUGACUGGAAUAACAAAAUAUGACUUUGCUGGCUUGAAUCAUUUGAAAUCUUUGGAGCUCAGUAGAAAUUAUAUCCAGUUUAUAGACAAUGAUGGAUUUUCUGAUCUAUCAGAGCUAAUUAAUAUCAGUUUGAGAGAAAAUCAACUGGGUCAUAUAAAUUCUAGUAUUUUCAGGCAAAACGGAAAACUUAAUAGUAUUCGAAUGGAUUACAAUCCCAAUGUAACCUUGGAUGACUAUGUUUUUGCAAAUUUGAAAAAUUUGUCUAUGGUAAAUUUGGCACAAUCAGGAUUGAGAAUAAUUCCAGAACAUGUUUUUGAAGGUUCUGAAAAUAUAGAGACCCUAAUGCUGCAAAAUAACUUUCUGCAGGAGUUGCCAGAGGGAUUAUUAGGUGGUUUGAAGAAACUUAAACAACUCAACCUGAGCAACAAUAACAUUUCGUCAAUUCCUGAUACUUUACUGUCUUCGCUAGUGGACUUAGAGGUCUUGGACUUGGAAGGAAAUUUGAUUUCUGAAAUCAAUGACAAAAUAUUCAAGAUGACAGAAAAACUCAAGAGACUGUAUCUGAACAACAAUCGAAUAACAACAAUCAUGCCAAAUGCUUUCAAAAAUAACAAAGAAUUGAUUCAUAUUGAUUUGUCUAAUAAUUUGUAUGAUAUGAAAUACGAUUAUAUGUUUGAAUACAAUCCAUUCACAACCUGUAAACGUUUGGAAAACUUACUAUUAAGUGGAAAUCUUAUAGAUGAAUUUCCUUCAUCCAUCAUGUACAUGGUUCAUCUAAGAAAAUUGGAUUUAAGUAAAAAUAAUAUCGAAUCUAUAACGGUGACUGAAUUAAAAAAAGUAACAUCCAAUGAAUUAGAGGUAGACUUGUCUAGCAAUAAAAUAUCAACAGUGAAUUUCAAGAACUCAGAACAUCUUGCACCAGAUACAGUUAAGGAAUAUGACGCAAUGAAUAGUAUCGAGUAUCCAACAACUGUUCUUCUGUCUAACAACUCAUUGAUAUGUGAUUGUCGAAUCUAUGAUCUGGUCCAGUAUCUUGAAGACACUUUCAACCCUGCAGUUAAGGCGAUGGUUGAUUUGAGAAUUGGAGAUAACAAUUGUGCAGAGCCAGAUUUAUUUCAGCACAUAAAAAUAGAAGAUCUUCGCCCCAAGGAUAUAAGCUGUAAAUAUCCUCUGAAAUGCGAGACAUCGAGUCACUGCCAGUGUUUGUAUCGACCCUUUGACAAAUCUGUUGUAGUAGAUUGUUCAUACAGAAAUCUCACGGAGUGUCCCAGAAUUGAUGUGGAUUUCAGUAGAGUGGAGAUGAACUUAGUAGGAAAUAUGAUACUUUAUGGUCCAAAUGCCAGUUUAGGCUAUGACAAUGUGACUAAUAUAUUUUUGUCAAAUAAUAGGAUUGAGCAGAUCAAAUGGGUUCCUCCUGAAAUCGAGGUUCUCAAAUUGGAUGGUAAUCAUCUGACACAUUUAAAUACUGAUGUUUUGAAAAUGAUGAACUCAUCUUCAAUUUUAACAUUAUCCAACAAUCCGUGGACUUGUGAUUGUUCUGCAUUCGAAUUUCAGAAUUUUAUUAGGGGUAAAUUCGGCAAGGAAAGCAGGAGUAUUAUAUGCAAGGAAGACGGCAAACCACUAAUUGAAAAAAUUCAGCUCUGUGAACCCAUUGCCACACUUAUUAUGAAAAUUGUAAUUCCAAUCGCAGUCAUUCUUGUUCUGACGGCUAUAGUAUUUGCUCUAUACUUUCAAUACGAACAAGAAGUUAAAAUCUGGCUUUAUGAGAAGAAGUUAUUUCUUUGGCUUAUUACUGAGGAGGAACUUGACAAAGAUAAAAUUUGGGAUGUUUUCAUCAGUUACGCUCAUCAAGAUGAAGAUUUUGUUGUACAAAAUUUACUGUCUGUAUUAGAGGAAGGUCCGAAUCCAUUUAAAACUUGUAUUCACAUUAGGGACUGGGGACCAUGUAAAACAAUCACAGAUCACAUUUCAUAUUCCGUAAACAAUUCUAGAAGAACUCUGGUGGUUCUCUCAAACAACUUCUUGGAGAGUGUUUGGGGGAAAAUGGAGUUCAGAGCGGCUCAUACUAAGGCAAUCGAAGAAGGAAGAGCUAGAGUAAUUGUCAUUAAAUAUGGUGAAUUAGAUGAAGAUAAGGUUGAUGACGAAUUGAAGAUGUACCUGAAAACUAAUACCUAUGUGGAGUGGGGAAAGCCUUGGUUCUGGAGGAAACUCCGAUAUGCUCUUCCACAUUCCCACAUCGAAAAUAUACACAGAAAUCAAAGACACACCAACAUGAUGUUGAAAAUUGAUGAUAAAUUCGAGCUUACAACGCCUCCACCAAUUCAUCCUGACAGUACCCCUCCAGUUGUAUCUUUAGACCCUUCUUUGCUCAAAAGUAACCCACUUAAUUUUCAGCAUUCGAACAAUUCAGAAACACCCCCUGCUGAAAUGCCACUAGUCAAGACUCAAUAAUUGAGAAUAACUUUUAUGGUAUGAAUGAACAGUUGAUCUCCUCUGGAGCAUAUAGCUUCAACAAGUGAAACUUUAUUUCAAACUUUGAAUUUCAAUGGUAGAUUAAGAAUCAAAUAUCACAAUGGUGCUUUACGGUUUUAGGUAUGUUAAUCUGUGUAUAGUGUUGUUGUUUAUGUAUAAGUGGAUUGAAUGGUGUCAAAUCAACUUUGGAAAUUGAAAUGAAAAACCUCAAAAAUUAUGAAAGUUAGAUAUAACUAUCUAUUAUUUCUUUCAAUAGCCUCAGUUGAACUUAGAAAUAUAGAAUUAUUUAUCCUGACGGUCAAAUAAUUUCAAGUUGUAUCAGAGGAUACGUUUCUUUGGUUUCGUUUUUUUUUUUAUCAAAAAAUCUGGACAAUUAAUGAGUAAACCAACUGACUUGAAAUAAGGCAUGUAGGCUUUAGGGCAAACACAGUCAAAGAACACAAAGUCACAAAAUUACCAGGUUAUCGAAAACAGUUAUAGUAAGCGCCAAACGUGUUGGCGAGCGACCGCGCAGGUAUAGACUCUCCCAAC